AUGGGUAGAUUGAUGACUGUAGGAAUAGGAAUAGGAAUAGGAACACGAGUUGAAGCCAAGAACCAUCCGGCCGCAUUUGUUGCGAUAGAGGAGGAAGAUGAGAGAAUUAUGGUCGCAGUGCAAGAGGAAGAUGAGGGAAUUGUGGAUUUGCUGAAGGAAUUAGGGAUUAGGGUGUGUAUAAAACAUACAUGCAGAUCGCCAGAUUCCAACCGCAAAUCACACAUGCAGAUGUCAAAAUUAACAUCAAAAUCCCCAUUCUUGUUCUUCCAAUGCCGGGACAUGCCUAAAGAUUAUGGGAAUAGCAACACGAAACCCACUUACACGCAGAUCCUUGUGGCCUCGUCAAUUGGGCUGAUUAUAGCGGCUGCUAUGCAUUACCGUCUUAGGAAGAUAAGAGAUCAGAGGAUCGUGCCUCGAAUUACAAUCUCUGAAAUCGGGCAGGUUUUGGACAUCGAGAGAUUCGGACACUAUGUAGCAAGGCAAAUGGGAUUCAGAGAUAUAAGAGAAUGUCCAAACCUGUGCAAGUUGGCCUCGGAUUACAUCAGGAAAGCAGAAGGUUGUGAAGAGGAAAUGUACGCUUUUUUCGCGAGUGAACCUGAUGUUGACUCCCUAUUCAUUAAACUGGUGCUGAGUGCUGAAAUCGAGCCAAAAAAGAAGCUCAAGCACAUUGUCAUGGCAGCCACUAGAGAACAGAGAUUCGAAAGGGUGACAAAGAAUCUGAAGGUGGCUAGAGUGUUUACCACAUUAGUGGAGGAGAUGAAAGCCAUUGGGCUUGUGUCCCUCGAUGACUCACAGUGCACGAAUGUGAUGGUCCCUAUGGCCCAUAAAGACCGAAGCCCAAUGCUCCUCCUCAUGGGUGGUGGAAUGGGAGCUGGCAAAAGUACUGUGCUCAAGGACAUUCUCAAAGAACCAUUCUGGGCUGGAGCAUGUGGUAAUGCGGUUGUGAUAGAAGCUGAUGCAUUUAAGGAAUCAGACGUUAUUUAUAGAGCCCUUAGCUCGAGGGGGCAUCAUGACAUGCUUCAGACUGCUGAACUGGUGCACCAAUCAUCUACAGAUGCAGCCUCAUCUCUCUUAGUAACUGCACUCAACGAAGGCCGAGAUGUGAUAAUGGAUGGCACACUCUCGUGGGUCCCGUUUGUCAUGCAAACAAUAACCAUGGCUAGGAAUGUCCACAGGCGAAGGUACCGUAUGGGGGCUGGCUACAAAGUAAAUGAAGAUGGAAUUGUAACUGAGAACUACUGGGAACAAAUUGAUGAAGAACAAGAACAGGAUGGAAACAGGAAAAGAAGGCCUUACAGGAUAGAAUUGGUCGGCGUUGUUUGUGAUGCCUAUUUAGCAGUUAUUAGGGGAAUAAGGCGAGCCAUAAUGUGUAGAAGAGCAGUAAGAGUGAACUCGCAGCUAAAAUCACACAAGAGAUUUGCAGAUGCAUUCAAAACUUACUGCCAAUUAGUGGAUAACGCUCGUCUCUACAGCACAAAUGCAUUGGAAGGCCCUCCAAAGUUGAUAGGAUGGAAGGAUAAAGACAAGAAUUUGCUGGUGGACCCAGAUGAGAUUAAGUGUCUGGACAUAGUAGGAAGGUUGAAUGAGGAAGCAGACUCGAUUUUCGAGCUGUAUAAGAGGGCCCACCCAGCUUACCAAGCGGGUUCUGUCUGGAAUGAUAUUGUCCUAUCGCCAUCGAGGCUGAAUAUUCAGAAGGAGCUCAAGUUUUCAAUUAAGAGAAUCGAGAGACUGAGGGAUUGAACAUCUGUCUCGUGAUGCAUAUAAGUCGAUAGUGGAUUAUAUUAAUAGCAGAUUUAACUGUUUUCGAGACUCGAAAGUUCACUAGAAUAAAAACUUCAAUUGAUCCACAUGAUGAGUGAAAAAAAAAAUGUUUUGA